UUGCGAAUCGUAGUAGCACAGGACUUCGGAAUCAUUUCCUUCAUCUAAAUGUGAAGUACAAAUAGUUGGUGUAAUAUAAACUGGAUUAAGAAAAAGGAAAAAAAGGUGCAGAACACGUAAGGUUAUCUAAAUUCGUUGUUGAAGCACCAUGGCUCAUCCAACAAUUCGAUUUCAUUCGGAGCAACAAACCAAUGAACUGUUUUCGGAACCAAUUCACUUUCCAUUAGUUAUCGGCACCGAGCAAUUCAUCGUUACACAGCAAGACGAGCGGAUCAUCUGCGAUCGAAGAAACUGGUUCCUAACCAAAUGGCAGGCAGCGGUGGCCGUGCCCCAAACCCAAGCGCCAACGGCAGUCGACGGAAAUCAACAGGUGCUUUGCAACGAGAUUCGAAAUAUCAACGCACAAAACAAUCGGAAAUCGUGUGUUUUCUGCUUCCAUUACGAUAAGCAAACCACCACCGAUGAUCUGCCUUACUAUCAGAGGUUGGACGAACUGAGCCGGCCGGAAGUAAAGAUAGUAAAGCACGUCCAUUUUCACGUCGAGCCUACCACCAAAAAUAAGGCGGUCAAUACGAUUUGGGAAUGGCCUGUUCCGAUGGAUUGGGACGAUACUUCUUCAAGUGGCGAAGAAACAUCCUAG